UUUGCUCGACUCAACUGUAAUAAUUUACCCAAAAAAAAAAAAAAAACUCAACUGUGAUAAGGCCAGGCGGCUUGGGCUACAUUGCCGAACCUCUUUUUCCCGACAGACACAACACCGCUCUCUCUCCUCCCUCUCUAGAGCUGAGUGAUAACUAGAAAGGGGAAACUUUUGCUUUAGAAUAACCGCUUUUUUUUUUUUUUUUUUUUUUUUUGGGUUCCCAAUGCCCAAAAAAAAAACCCGAAAGCAUUGUUUGUGAUAUUUUUGCCGCCUCCGCCAUUAAAGUGUUCUUCAACUUCUUUCCAAACUCUCAGCACCACCACAGCAACCCAUUUCUCAUUUCCAAUGGAAAACCAAAACCCAUAAUACUUUAACCAAAAUAUAUAUAUAUAUAUAUAUAUAUCAAAACAAAAAUCCAAUUGAGCAGAGAAAGAGAAAAAAGCAACCAUGUUUGAUUUUGAUGGUCCCAAACUUCCUCGCCCUCUCAUUCUCUUUCUUCACCAUUUGCAGGAACUAAAAAGAUCUGUGCUUGAUUUUCUCCUCUGCUUGCCUACUUCUAUUUUGGCUUUUACUCUUCUUCUCCUUUUGGUCUACAAUGGCUUCUCUGUCUUUUGCAUUCACCUUCCUUUUCUUGCCAAAACUUCACCAGAACCCGCCAAUUUUUCUCCGGAAUAUCCCGCUGGAAAAUUUCCGCUACUCAGGUUGUCCUCUUCUUAUUCCUCAUUGCGUUCACUGUCUUCUUCUUCUUCUUCUUCUUCUACUUCUUCUUCUCUUUCUACGUCUUCUUCUUCUUUCUCUUCAAAGCUAUACGUAGUGAAAGAAGAAAACCCACCUCCGAUUUUGAAAACCCAUUUGCAAAAUCACAGCUUUUCAGUGAUUCGCAUUUCCACUUCUUCGAUUCGAAGCCAUAGGCGGCUUAAGAAGCACAAAAGGAAGCUGAAAAUCCUCCGCUCCCUACCACCACAAUCGAGUCAGUUCUCAACAAGAAUAAGAGAGUUCUUUGCUGCAGGAAAUUGUAAGCCUCGCUUCUUCAUGACUUGGAUUUCUUCUUUGGAUUUUUUUGGUGAUAGGGAACUGUUUGCCAUAGAGAGCUUGUUCAAGUCCCACCCAAAUGCUUGUUUGGUCAUGGUCUCAAACUCCAUGGAUUCCAAGAAAGGAAAUCAAAUCCUGAAGCCCUUUUCUGAUACGGGAUUCAAGGUAAUGACAAUUUCUCCAGAUUUUGAUUUCAUAUUCAAGAACACUCAUGCUGGGGCAUGGUUUUGUAGAUUAAGAGAAGGUAAUGUGGAUCCAGGUGAGGUUGCUUUGGGUCAAAACCUCUCUAAUCUGCUUAGGCUGGCUUUGUUGUAUAAAUUUGGCGGUAUUUACGUAGACACAGAUAUUAUAAUCCUUAAGAGCUUCUCAAAAUUGAGAAAUGUGAUUGGUGCUCAAACUGUCGAUAUUGAAACUGGGAAUUGGAGCAGAUUGAAUAAUGCAGUUCUGAUUUUUGAUAAGAACCAUCCAUUGCUCUUCAAAUUCAUCCAAGAAUUUGCACUCACUUUUAAUGGGAACAAGUGGGGUCACAAUGGGCCUUACUUGGUUUCAAGGGUGGUCUCCAGGGUUAGUGGAAGAACAGGAUAUAAUUUCACUAUUUUGCCACCAUCUGCCUAUUAUCCAGUGGAUUGGACAAGAAUUCGAAGCCUUUUUCAAGGUCCUAGAGAUGAAAUUCACUCCAACUGGUUGAUUUCGAAGCUGAAACAGAUUAGGAACGAAAGCUUUGCUGUUCAUUUGUGGAACAGACAGAGUAGAAGUUUAGAGAUUGAAAAGGGAAGCAUUAUUCAUCAUAUUCUUUCAGAUUGUUGUAUCUUCUGCAAUCAUUCAUCUUCAAGCUUGUGAUUAUAGAUCAUAUAGAAUAAAGUCUUGGCAACUGUAAAUUAAUUUAAUUGUUCCAUUUGCUAUGUAAUGUUGUUUGUAUGUGGUUUGUGGACCAACUGAGAUCAUCCCCACAGCUGUAGUGAAAGGGAAAAGAAAGAGAGGGUAGCAAAGUAGGAAACAUCUUUUUUUUCUUUUUUUUUAAAUUAUUCUUCCUAUUGGCCACAAUUUAUAACUUUUUGGACGAGGCCCUUCUAUUUUGUUUGUGUUAUUUUAGUGCAGAAUCUGAAAAAAGGAGGAAAGCUAAAUAAAGUUGGAAAAUUUCACUUUCA